AUGGAGGCUCAUUUCAUCAUAUUUACCCAGUUCCUCCGUCUAACACUGAGCUCCUGAGCUCCGUUAACGCGCUCCACCGCCGCUAAAACGGACUUUAAAAGUUGUCGCUUGACGGGAUUUACUCUUCCAGCCGGAGUUAUUCUUGCUACUUCUCUCACAUGGCACAGAUUGGCAGCAUCAUGGUUUGGCUCGGCGGUACCCUCGUGACCUGCUGCAUUUCCUGGAAUAAGCUGGAACCUGAGCCUUGAAAGCCACACCAUGGAACGCCUGUAGUACCCCGCUUUCACCUUCAUCCUCCAAACUCCCCCCCCACCACCACCACCACCAGCACCAGCAUCAGCAGGAGUCAAAAACACAAAGAGACGCGGAAAACAAAACAAGGGGACACAGAGGAGGACUCUCACCAAAUCUGUCCCUCCAAUCUGCUGCUGGAGACGUUAUCUAUUUAGGGCAGCCAGCUUUGGGAGGGAUCUUUUUUUUUUUUUUUAAGGGGUGUGAGUGCCAGAUUGUGUGUGCGUGUGGGUGUUCGUGUGUGUGUGUGUGUGUUUCCCCUUUUUUGAGUAGGUGCCUGCCCUGGGCACUGAGGCCAUGAGGCCCAAGACUUUCCCGGCUGCCCCGUACGUGGGCAACACACGGCAGAGGCUCCAGGAGAUCAAGGAGGGCCUGAAGCAGCCGGCCAAGCUGGUGAGCCAGGCCCUGCACGGAGGCAGCUCGCGCUCCGAGGGCAGCAGAGGGGCCGACUGCAAAGGCGGGAAAGACACGGCCAGCAGGCAGCAGCAGCUCCGGCCCCCGCAGAAGUUCAACAACUAUCAGAAUGCUUUGCGGGAGAUCCGAAAGUCGCUCAUGCCCUUCGCCAACGAGUCGGGCCCGUCAUCGGGGUCGGGACACCCCGCCGGCGCCGGAGAGGUUAACAGGCAGAUGCUGCAGGAGCUGGUCAACGCUGGCUGUGAUCAGGAGAUGGCUGUGCGUGCGCUGAAGCAGACAGGAAGCAGGAACAUCGAGGCGGCCUUGGAGUACAUCAGUAAAAUGGGUUACCUCGACCCUCGCAACGAGCUCAUCGUCCGUGUCAUCAAACAGACUUCACCAGGAAAAGCUGGCAUGCCAAACUCAAUGGACCACCGGCCUGCGCUGGAGGCUUCAGGGGAAGCAGGUGUCAUGCCCCCGUACCACCAAAUGGGGGCCCCUCUGUAUGAGGGGGUUGGCUACGGCCCAGACGGUGAGAUGGCCAGAUCCUACAUGAGCGCUCCUCCUGUUAUGAACUACAUGAUGGCCCCGUCUGGAGCAGCACAGGGCCCUGCCAUGGGAAACCCAAUGAGUCGACCUCCCAGUAUGGGCACAUAUCCACAGGUGAUGGCCACCCAGAGCAACCCGGCCAACACCAUGUACCCUCAAGGGGCCCAGCAGAAGGGCUAUCCUGGCAGUAUGGAGCAGCACGGGCCCAUGAUGAGCUACAACGUCCCUGGCCAGCCACUGCAGCUCCAGCAACAGCCACAAGGGGGUCCUGUGCCAGGCUCCCAUUAUGACUACGGCCAUGCCAGGCCUCACAUGAUGGAGCCUUCAGGCUACGGGGUCAAGAGAACCGCCUCCUUCCAGAACAAGAUGGCACCGCCCCCCAUGGCGCCCCAAGACAAUUAUGUCAACAUGCAGGGUAAAGGGCCAAUGGGCCAGAACGGGCCAGGAGGGGCAGGAUAUCCUGCCAACCUCUACCUGCCCCCUCACUCCCACCCACGCCAGGCCAGCCCCACAUCCCACCAGGUCCACAUGAUAUCCCGUUCUCCAGGUGGGGUCACAAACAUGGGUCCAGACUUCUCUGAUCUUCCCCAGGGGUUGAUGACACCAUCGAGGGCCAGCCUCAACCUAGACCUGUAUGAGCACCACUGGGCAGGGCCUGCAGGUCCUGAAGGAGCCCCUCCAGCCAGGCAACCCCAACCCCAGGGCCCAUUUAGGGGUGAGGUGCGUGUCCCCAGCAGAACCAACUCCUUCAACAGCCGCUCUGCAGGGCCUGGCGGUGUUCGGCCUACGUUGGCAGCACCCCCUACGUCCGGGAAACAGGAUCCCUCCCUGGGCCCUCCAAACACCAUCACAGCUGUGACGUCCCCGCCCAUCCAACAGCCGGUCAAGAGUAUCCGUGUGAUGAGGCCAGAGCCCAAGACGGCUGUGGGGCCAUGCCACCCCGGCUGGAUGACCGCCCAGGCCCCGGACACAGCGGAGCCUCUGGCCUACAUGCCAGAGGAGACCUACACCCUUGAGCCUGCUCAGGAGCUACGCUGCCCGCCACCACCUUACCCCAAAAAUCUGUUCAUGUCCGGGGCGCCUGGCGACACAGGGGCCCUGGAGGGAGCUGGGGCCAUGUGCGGAGGUCAGGACCUCAGCAGUUCCGCCUCCAGAAGCACACGCAGUGGCAGCGGAGGCAGCGGAAAAGGCGAGGAGAGCCAUCAGGUCAAAGAAAAGACCAAGAUGGGGAAAGGAGAGAAGACGGUGAAAGACAAGAAGCAGAUCCAGACGUCGCCCGUCCCGGUGAGGAAGAACGGACGCGACGAGGAGAAGAGGGAGUCCCGCAUCAAGACCUACUCGCCUUUCGCUUUCAAGUUCUACAUGGAGCAGCACAUAGAGAACGUGAUGAAGACCCACCAGCAGAAACUGAACCGCAGGUUUCAGCUGGAACAAGAGAUGUCCAAGGCGGGCCUGUCGGAAGCAGAGCAGGAACAGAUGAGGAAGAUGCUGAACCAGAAAGAAUCGAACUACAACAGGCUACGCCGUGCCAAAAUGGACAAGUCCAUGUUUGUCAAAAUCAAGACACUAGGCAUAGGAGCCUUUGGUGAGGUGUGCUUGACACGUAAGGUGGACACUGGUGCUCUUUACGCCAUGAAAACACUGCGUAAGAAAGACGUCCUCAACCGCAACCAGGUGGCCCACGUGAAAGCAGAGCGCGACAUCCUGGCAGAGGCAGACAACGAGUGGGUGGUGCGUCUCUACUACUCCUUCCAGGACCGCGACAGCCUGUACUUCGUCAUGGACUACAUCCCCGGAGGAGACAUGAUGAGCCUCCUCAUCCGGAUGGGCGUCUUCCCCGAACCUCUGGCGCGCUUCUACGUGGCGGAGCUGACGCUGGCCAUCGAGAGCGUCCACAAGAUGGGCUUCAUCCACCGCGACAUCAAGCCCGACAACAUCCUCAUCGACCUGGACGGACACAUCAAGCUGACAGACUUCGGACUGUGCACGGGUUUCCGCUGGACACACAACUCUAAGUACUACCAGAAAGGGAGUCACAUCAGACAGGACAGCAUGGAGCCCAGUGACUUCUGGGACGACGUGUCGAACUGUCGCUGCGGCGACCGGCUGAUGUCGCUAGAGUCGCACACCAACCGGCAGCACCAGCGCUGCCUGGCUCACUCUCUGGUGGGAACACCCAACUACAUCGCACCCGAGGUGCUGCUCCGCAAAGGUUACACCCAGCUGUGCGACUGGUGGAGCGUGGGAGUGAUCCUGUUUGAGAUGCUGGUGGGACAGCCGCCCUUCCUGGCCCCCACUCCCACCGAGACCCAGAUUAAGGUCAUUAACUGGGAGAGCACGCUGCAGGUGCCCGUGCAGGUCAAACUGAGCCCCGAGGCCGUGGACAUCAUCGCCCGCCUCUGCUGUUCUGCGGAGGACCGGCUGGGAGCCAACGGCGCCGGCGAGAUCAAAGCCCACCCCUUCUUCACCCAGAUGGACUUCUCCAGCAACCUGCGGCAGCAACCGGCCCCCUACCGACCCAAAAUCGCCCACCCGAUGGACACGUCCAACUUCGACCCCGUGGAGGAUGAGGGCGGCCCCGGGGCGUGGAGCGACAGCGGGGACAGCACCCGGGCCCUGGACGCGCUCUGCUCCCCCCACGGGAAGCACCCGGAGCACGCCUUCUACGAGUUCACCUUCCGCCGGUUCUUCGACGACCACGGGUGUCCCUUCCGCUACCCGAAACCUAUGGAGGUUAGCGAGGGGUCUCCGAGCGUCUCCGGAGCCAGCUGCACGGGCCCGGACGAGGAGGACGAACAGGAAGAGGAGGAGGAGGAGGAAGAAGAUGACGAAGAGGAGGGAGAGCAAGGGGAAGGAUGCGAGCCGGUCUACGUCUAGAGAUGCAGACCGUCAAACCGAUCCUUGUCAGCUCACGACUCUUCUUCUUCUGUGUGUGUGUAGAGGUGUGCGUGACACACAGGUGCGUGUGUGUGUGUGUGUGUUUACGCGGCAUCUGGCGUGUGCGUGAUAUCACAGAGCGUGAUAGUUAAGUUUGGUGGAGCAGGACAGAUAAACGUCGCCCCCUUGUGGAAUCUACUGUGCGUCCACAAUGACUUCAAACACUAGUCUCCCCUCAGCUGGGACCAAGAAACAACACUUGUGUGCAUGAGCGGCUGCAUCGAGGGUGAAACGGACACGGUUAGGAGGUUGAGAGGAGCGAGACUCAAAAAAAAAAACACAAACUGCACAGGCUGAAAGGAGAUUGUUAAAAUCUUUCGGGAACGUGAGGACGUUUUGGAAUCGCAGAGGAAGUUCGAACAAAGAUUGUUUAUUGAAACUCGAGGACUGCCUCUGGUUCCUCAAAGCGGUUUCUUCUUCGUAUCCCAUUCCUUCCACCCUCGGUCUUACAAGGGACUGACGCAGGAGCUACUUUCCUGUCAGCGCUGCUUUACGCUGCGAUAUGGGAGCGUAUCUUUGAGCGCAGGAGGGAGAGACUGAAUCAGCAACACGCCUCUUUCACAGCUGCUGCAAAAUAAGCUACAAAAAAAAGAAACACACACACACACACACAUGCAUGCACACAUUCACACACAUUUACUCAGUAACGGCUCAUGGGGUUAUAAAAAGGUGUGGGUAUCUGCAGGUAGAUUUCAGUGAUGUUCUUGGGCUCAAAGGUUUAAAAACAGCUGUUAAGUGUCCCUGAAAGCAUUCCUUUUUAUAAAAUAUGUUCAUUUCUAUAUAUUUACUUUCAAUCUUCUGCAUUUUCAGCAGAUUAAAGUUCAAAAAAUCGGAAUGGACACAACAAAAUAUUUUCUAUUGGUUUAUCUUCUACACUCACAGCAGCCUCCUUUUUUAGAUUUUGUGCCAUAAUGUUUUAAAUCUUCACUGAGAGGCUGCUGCUACAAAUAUGUUCAUAAAAUACUGAUUCUACACACUGAUCCAUCAUUUCAAAGACACACAUGGGGUAUGUAGUGACUCUAAAAAUCAAACCCGACUGUUUCAGGCCCAAUUCAAGACUGAAACACUGCAGCAUGUAUUAAAACCAGGAACAUCACCCUGAGCCUGAAGUGCAGCAGCUGUCUUCUGAGUUGCAUCGUGUGGAAAAAAAACGUUCUUGUGUUUGUUCUAUGAAUAAAAAAAACCCACCUGAUAAAACCCCUGAGCCCACCUCAAGACCAGCCUUAACCCCCUCUGAUAGCUCAAAUUAGGGCUGAGUUGGUUCCUGACUGAGAAUUGACGCUCUAACACACACACACACACACAUACGUUCACUAAGAUGCACAGUUUCACAGCUAUCCUGCAAAGAUCAGCCCCACAGUUGCAUUGUAACUAAACCAGCCUCCUCUCUCCUUCUCUCUCUCUCUCUCUCUUUCUCUCUCGCUCUGUUUCUCUCUCUCUCUCUUUUUUCCGGAGGCUCGUCAUAAAAAAACCCACAAAGCAACACGUUCUCACAACAGCCAAACAUGUGAUAGUAUGACUAAGUGCAAUACGAUUUUAAAAAUACAUUAUAUAUAGUUUUCUAAACACUUAAUAUCCUUUUUUUUUUUUUUUUGAACGUGUAGUACUGAAACAUGCCAUGUACAAAUAUAUUGGUUUAUAUAUAUAUAUAUAUAUAUUUUUCUCUUUUCAGUUACAACAUGCUGCUUAUUAUUGUGGUUAAUAUUAUUUACAUUAUUAUUAUGAUUGUUAUUACAUAUGUUUCAAUCUUGGCUUAAAGAAGCUUAAUUGCCCAGUGUGUUUGGGUUUUUUUUAUUGUUUGAAAGUAAUGAGCUGUGUGCCUUUUUUUUUUUGUCGAAUGUUUGGAGGGGGGGGGGUGAUGUCGUCACGCGGUGACAGAGAUGACGAAGACGACUAUGAUGAUGAUGAUCAGUGUUUUUUGCAGAACAUCGACGGCAGACUCUUCUUCUCUACUUGCGGUCAGGCUGGUCCUGAACGCAGGAUGGAGGAGGAGGAGGAGGGCUGUAAAGGUAGAAAAGAGGAGAGGUAGAAGGGAGUUAGACAGGGGGGGUUAGACGCAGGAGUGGAGCGAGGCAGGUUGGUUUCAGGAAAUGUAGUUUGAGGAGAAAAAAAAAAAGAACGAAUAGCUUUCUCUAUUUUACAUAAAAAAAACAAAGAGUUUGUGUUUGGUACAUUUUUUUUUUUCUUUUUAUUUAUCCGAAACGACCACAAGUUUGAGUGUUGUUUUAACUCUGUUCUUUUACAACAGACCCCCCCCCCCCCCCCCCCGUGCCAUGCUCUGUGUCGGAGCUCUCACACCAUCAUUCAGUAUCUUCUCGCUUAUUGACAAUCAGCAAACUGUGUCGAACUAAGCGGUUUGGUCACUUUAUAAACCAAACUCUUCCAACAGUAUUCUGAAUCAGACUAGAAAUGCUACAGAAGUCCUUCUUCUUUUGAUGCAUAACUGGUUGGAUGAUAAUGUGUGGAUCAGAUUUGUUACAGAAGUUUUUUUUUUUUUUUUGCUUGACAAUUUAUUGAAAGUUUGUUGUUUUUUUUUUACUGUAAAUGUGCCUUGUGUUCUAAGGUGAGCAGCACAAUCUUCUUAUAUCUCCUCUCUCUUUUUCACAGACCUCUGUUCUAUUGUAUUACUCUCGAUGUGGGGAAGCUGACAGAGCACGCCGGCUGUGUUCACAUGCACCGACAAGCUUCACAAUUAUUGCUGUCAGGAAUUUCAGUAGAAGCUAAUGAGUCAGAGAUUGAGGGGGAUUUUUCCCUCGAGGUCAUCUGGAGGCACUAUUUUGUCGGUAUUUCCCGUCGCGACACGGUUUCCUCCACUUUACAAUGUGACAGCUCAUGCUUGAAUUUGGUAUUAUUCGGUUGAAGCGGUUCAUUUCAAUUUUAAAUUUCCUAUCAUAGACAUGAAAGUACAACCUUUUUUUCCCGGGCCCGACCGAUACUGGAUUUUUGGGGCCGAUAUUAGGGGGUAAAAAAAUUCCUGGCUGAUAAUAUUAUAUGUACAGAAUAUAUAGAUAGACAUUUUUUUAUAAUGAUCCCUCAAAUGUAAUGAAGGUGACAUUUUACAGUUUAACAAUAAACUUUAUUGUAUAAAAUGGAAGAAAAAAAACAGUAAACUUCUCUGGGAAUUAAAUAAUUAGAUUAAUUAUGAAUGAAAGAAAACGUGGAAGAAAACAUUUUGCUAUUUGCCAACAAACUGGACUAAAAACCAGUGUUGUGUAUGUAAACACAGCCAGUGACGCCUGCUCUGCCCAGUUAAACCAGUCCUCUACUGACAUCCAUCAAAGAUGAAGUGCCUUGCUCGAGGGCAUCAUAUCUGAGUUUGCUAAGUCAGGCUGGUGUCGCUCUGUCACUCAUCCCCAUCCAGUUUUCUGUCAGCCGGUCCAGACAUCUUUAAAAAAAAAAAAAAAAGACGUCCUUCCACUUUUCUAACACCUCUUCUCCAUUGCAUUGCCAAUUCACAUCGACCAGGACUGACUGCUCCUUUAAAAAGAAAAAGAAAAAAAAAAAGCUUUAUAAUGAGAGUCGCAGUUCUCUGCAGAGUGUGUGAGUGCCACAAAGUGUGUGAGUGCCACAAAGUGUGUGAGGUGUUUGCUGGAUGUGUUUGUUUGUUUUUUAAUUCGAGUGAUGACUGACAAUCUUUGACUUGAUGUCCUCCCAUCUGAUUUUUCUUCACGAGACUUCGCUCGUGUAUUCUUUUCAUUUUUGUGUUUUUACUCCAAGGAGCUUCUUCUCGUCUCCUUAAUGUAUGAUACAAUUCUGUUACUCUUGAAUUUAUAUUUAUACAGAUAUACAUAUUUUUUUGUAUCUUUUUUUUCAUCUUCUCCCCUGUGCUAAAGUUCAAACAUCCAUGUCUACGCAGUAUUAUAGAUGAUGUAAUGUGGACAGCUAUCUCUUUUUUUACAUUUAUGUAUGAACUGAGAAUUUGUAUAAAUGCUGUCACGGUCUUUGUGUGUAAAAUGUAUGUAUAAAUUAAAUUAACCAACUUUGACUCGCUUGCUUUAUUUCAAUAACAUUUGAUGCAUGAACUGAAGAGGACGCAAUUGCUUUAUUAUCAUUUAUAACAUAUUAUUAGGCCUGUCAAA